ACAAAAAAUACAGUCAAUGCUUGUUUUUUAGGAGGAAAUUCUAAUUUUUCAGAUUCCUCUUUGCAGGCUUGAUGUAGGCAUCCUGGCUGAAUUAUUCAGCAGCCAUCUUGCAGAGGUACUAAGGAAAAACCAGAGACUGAGAGAGUUAGACUUGUCACUCUGGAACGCAGAUGAGAAAACAAUGGAAUUGCUGUGUGAUGGGCUCAAACAUUCAAAGUGUACAAUCGAUGUUUUUCAGUUGGAUGAAAACUAUAAAAUGCUGAGUGUAAAAAGGAUGGAUGUGGACCACACGGCUAGCGUCUCCGAUGCAAAUACUGGUUAUUCAUGCUUGCUUGUUUGAUCUAUUUUAUUUCCAUUCAGAAAAUGGAGAGGAUGAGAUGACAUCAUCCUGCACUCAUCCUCAGACUCUACUGCCAGUACCACUUCCUGCUCCAAGAUGAAAAAAAGGCCUUUCUGGCUUCUUCCAACUCCAGCAGUACAUGCCACUUUGCCUGUUCUGCUUUUCUUCCAUCUGGAGACAGAAGCCAGAAACUGCAAUGACCUCCUGGAACAUGGGGAGACCCUGAGUGGCUGGUACACAAUCUACCCAACCAAGGGGAACCCAAUGCAGGUUUUUUGUGACAUGGAGACAGAUGGAGGAGGCUGGUUGCUCUUCCAGAGGCGGCAGGAUGGGUCUAUCGAUUUCUACCAUGACUGGAAAUCAUACAAGAAAGGAUUUGGAAGUCAAGGAUCAGAAUUCUGUUUGGGCAACGAUAAGAUCCAUCUUCUCACCAGUUCGGGAACACAGCAGUUGUGGAUUGAUCUGGAAGAUUUCAACAGUUCCACAACCUUUGCAACAUAUUCCAGUUUCAGAAUUGCAAAUGAAUGUGAAAAUUACAGACUAAGCGUGAGUUCCUAUUUAGGUGGCAACAUGCGUGAGUAAUACAGAGAAUGCCUCUUCAUUUGAGUACCUUCUGACAACGAAUGUAACAAAUAUAAAUGUCACAUGACCUGAUGCAGAAUGCAGAAACCUUUUAAGCCAGGAUCUGCUUAAUUCCUUUGUGGCCUAUCACUGGGACAAUGAUUUGGCCACAUAUCCUCUGCAAACUGCAAAUAUGAACCAAGAACAUCAUUCCAACUCAUUCCCUGAGUGGAAUGUUGCGGAGGGAUGAGUCCACAGGUUGUCCACCCCAUUUUGACUUUAAUAAGUUCAAAAUAUAUGAUCCAAUUUUCAUGGGGUAUCUACCUAAGGCAGAAACCUUCAGAAGCUGUCAGGCAGCAUAUGAAGGUGUGAACCACUUUUGGUAGUUUGUUCCAACACCUGAGCAUCACUGGGUUUGAAUAAGGGUUUUACUGUAGCUGUCAUUGCUGAUGUUGUUUGAAGAGACUCACAAGUUUAAUAUGGCUGUAUUUCACAAUUGCCAGUGAAAAUAAUUUUCUAUAGUUUGGUUUGGAGAGAAAUAUGUAAGAGGUUGUGCCCAUUCUCCUUCCCACAUUGUAUAAUGAAUGCUGAGUACAUUGUGAUUUUGGUAAAGGAACAUUUCUUCUACUCCUUCCAGAACAAACCCAAAGCUAAUUUCAUUAGGAAACCCCAAAAUUCUCUUUCUAAAAGGUGGCAAUUGACACAUCAUUUUAUGAUUUCACCUUGACUUUGAUGAAGUCUGAAUCAUUUGGAUGAUACUUGGUUUAAAAUGUGGGAUAGAAAUUGAUUUAUUAAUGCAUGUUCUUAACCCAUAUGAUAAGAAAAAUAU